AUGGACCGUGGAGCUGCCGCGGCCCAGGGCACUGCCCCGCCUCAGGAUGGAGAGCAGCCCGCGGAGUCUCCAGAGCCGCCGCCGCCGUGGCCGCCGCCGCGGGCUCCUCCACUGCUCCACGCGCCUUCGCCAGAACCGGCACCACAGUUCUGUCCAGAGCCUGCUCCAGAACCCUGUCCGGAGGCGACCCCAGAACCAGCCACAGAACUCGACAAAGAACGGAUCUCAGAACCAGCCACGGAACCCGCCCCCGAGCUGUCUCCGGAACCAGCCUCAGAACCAGCCACAGAACCGGCCUCUGAGCCAACUCCAGUACCAGGCACAGAACCGGCCCCCAAGCCGGCGCCAGAACCAGCCCCAGAACCAGCCAGAGAGUCCUGCCCUGAGUUGGCUCCCGAGUCCCGUAGGGAGCCGAGCCCAGCAGCACGUCUAUUGCCGUGUCCGGUGGUCGCUCCAGAGACGGGUCUAAAGACCUCAUCAUCACCCCGAACACCAGUGCUGUUCUCCAGUAUAAAGAGGCCCAAGAUGCGGAACCGCAGCCGUCAGCUUAGCCCCCUCCCUGACACUGGAGGGGGGUUAUCAGCAGGGACGCAUCUGGCGGCUCUCCAAGGAGAUGCCCGCGCCUCCGCCGGCUGCUUGGGAGCUGGUAUUCAGGGUGGGGAUGAGGGGAUGGGCGGCGCCCACGCGCACUGCAGGGGAAGGGCAGGGUUCGCUGGGGAGGAGGGGGAGAGGAUGAUUGUGUCGAAGCCACCAUUCCAUCUGUCUGCAGGAUUUCCCGGCAGCCUUUAUCCAGCCAGGGUUGCUAGUGCCAAGGAGGAAGCUCCCAGUAGUGGGGUGAAAAAAAACUGUGGCACAAGCCCCUGCCUCUACAAUCCAGAAGGAACUCACACUUAUAGAGUGGCAGGCACAUGUCCUAAAAUACUGAAGGAAGGACCUCUACUGAAGAACUGUAAUUCCUUCAAGAGAUGGAAGCUUAGGUAUUUUCUGGUUCGAGGACAAAGGCUCUGUUUUGCACACCAUCCUGCGUUUGCACGCUUUGAAACAAUUGAUCUGUCUCAAGUCGCCUUGGCAGAAAGCAGCUGUAGAAAUCUUCGCCAUAGUUUUUGUGUGAUCACACCACAACGAAAAGUUACCCUGGCUGCACCCAACCGGAAAGAUAUGGAAGAAUGGAUUAAUGUCAUAAAGACUGUCCAACAGGGAGAAAUUCAUAAGAUACCUGCAGCAGAAAACAACCCUUUCCUUGUUGGAAUGCACUAUUGGUACUCCAGUCACAGCCCCAGGACCCAGCACUGCAACGUCUGUCGGGAGAGCAUUCCUGCCUUAUCUACAAAUGUCAUCAUCUGUGAAGUGUGCAAAGUGAAAUCUCACAAACUAUGUGCUUUGAGAGCAAGUAAAGAUUGCAAAUGGAAUACUUUGUCUAUUACUGAUGACCUCCUCAUGCCCGCAGAUGAAAAAACUAUGCCUCAUCAAUGGGUAGAAGGAAACAUAUCUGUCAGUUCUCAGUGUGCAGUAUGUCAUGAAAACUGUGGCAGUUACCAAAGACUUCAAGACUUCCGAUGUCUCUGGUGUAAUUCUACGGUACAUGAUGAUUGCCAGAGACGGUUUUCCAAGGAAUGCUGGUUUGGGAGUCAUCGAACAUCAGUCAUUCCUCCCACUGCCCUUAGCGACCCUAAAGGAGAUGGCCAAUUAGUAGUAUCUUCAGACUUCUGGAACCUUGAUUGGUCAUCAGCCUGUUCAUGUCCCCUUCUCAUCUUCAUCAACUCCAAAAGUGGCGAUCACCAAGGGAUCGUCUUCCUCCGAAAAUUCAAACAAUACCUUAACCCAUCUCAAGUUUUUGACCUGUCAAAGGGUGGACCUGAAGCCGGCCUAUGCAUGUUCAAGAAUUUUGCUCGUUUUCGCAUUGUAGUUUGUGGUGGAGAUGGCAGUGUGAGCUGGGUCUUAUCUCUGAUCGAUGCUUUUGGAUUACAUGAAAGGUGUCAGUUGGCAGUCAUCCCACUUGGAACCGGCAAUGAUCUGGCCCGCGUCCUAGGCUGGGGUGCAUUCUGGAACAAAAACAAGUCACCUGUGACCAUCCUCAACAAAGUGGAGCAGGCUAGUGUGAGGAUUCUAGACCGAUGGAGUGUGAUGAUCCGUGAGACUCCCAGACAAACCCCAUUGCUAAGAGGACAGGUUGAAAUGGAUGUACCCCGAUUUGAGGCUGCUGCCAUCCAAUAUCUAGAAUCUGCAACCACUGAGCUGAACAAAAUCCUGAAGGCCAAGUACCCUACAGAGAUGAUCAUCGCAACCAGAUUCCUCUGCUCAGCAGUGGAAGAUUUUGUGGUAGAUAUUGUAAAGGCCUGGAGUCGGAUAAAACAGAACAAUACAGCUAUAGAAUCUGUAAUUUUGAAAAGUGACAUAAUGUAUGACAAACUCAGCAUCCUGAUUGAUACCCUGGCUGAGGAGGCAGCAAUUGAGAAAAGUCCUACAGUAUAUGCAGACGGUGGCAAGGUAGAUGGAAAGCCCUUCGUCCCUCAAAUAGACCACAUAGCCAAGUGCAAGUUGGAGCUGGCCACAAAGGCCCAGAAUCUCCAGAAAUCCUUGAAGCUCAUCAUAUUCCAAGUUGAACAAGUUCUGGAUGAGCAAAGCCGACAGACAAUAUCGGUUAAGAACUUUACUUCAACUUUCUUCCUGGAAGAUGACUCAGAAGAUAUUAGCCAGAUGAGCCCAAGACACCGUUCUCAUCCUGGCACUUUGUCUUCUAUAUCGUCUCUCAAAAGUGAAGACUUAGAUAACCUCAACUUGGAGCAUUUACAUUUUACUCCCGAAACUAUAUGCUUCAAAGAAAGGUGUGUCAUGAACAACUAUUUUGGAAUUGGAUUGGAUGCUAAAAUUUCUCUGGAAUUCAACACCAGAAGAGAUGAACACCCAGGACAAUACAAUAGCCGCCUUAAGAACAAGAUGUGGUAUGGCCUUCUUGGAAGCAAGGAACUUUUCCAGCGCUCUUAUAGGAAACUGGAAGAACGAGUACACCUGGAGUGUGAUGGAGAAGCCAUCUCCUUGCCAAACCUUCAAGGCAUUGUAGUGCUCAACAUUACCAGCUAUGCUGGAGGUGUCAACUUUUGGGGAAGCAAUACAGCAACUACAGAAUAUGAGGCUCCUGCAAUAGAUGAUGGGAAGCUGGAGGUAGUGGCUAUCUUUGGUUCUGUACAAAUGGCAAUGUCCCGUAUCAUUAACCUGCAUCAUCAUCGUAUUGCCCAGUGCCGUGAGGUGAUGAUAACCAUUGAUGGUGAAGAAGGUAUUCCAGUGCAGGUGGAUGGGGAGGCCUGGGUUCAGAGGCCUGGCCUUAUCAAGAUUAGAUAUAAGAAUGCUGCCCAAAUGUUGACAAGAGAUCGGGACUUUGAGAACUCAAUGAAAAUGUGGGAGUGCAAGCAUAGUGAAAUUCAAGCUGCCUCUCAACCCCAGCUGGACUCCCAGGAAUUUCAGGAUAGCCUCUCUGAUGAGGAGUAUGCCCAGAUGAAGCACUUAGCUCGACUUGCAGAAAACCUAAUUAGCAGACUUACUGACCUGAGUAAGGUCCACCAGCAUGUGUCUGUUCUCAUGGAUUCUGUGAAUGCCAGUGCUAACAUCCUGAAUGAUAUGUUUUACAGCCAAGACAGUGGCAGUGAGGCAGGUGCAGCUUCCUGCAUUCCCCAAGAGACUCUAAGCAGAAAUGAUGCAGUAGAUGUUACAUUUAGUCUUAAAGGGCUCUACGAUGACACUAAAGCUUUCCUGGAUGAAAACUUGCUGAGAAAUCCUGAGCAUGAGGCCACACUGCAAACUGCCCUGGAAACCAUGAAUAAGGAGUUUGAAAAGCUAUCCGAGAUCAACUGGAUGAAUUCAAUCCUUGUUCCCAAGGAAAAAUCUUCAGACACUGACAGUAGAAGCAUCAGAUUGAAAGUUAAGUUCCCCAAAUUGGGGAAGACGAAGCUAGAAGAGGAAGAUAAGCCUAAAUCAGGCCAAAGAGUCCAGGGUUUUAUUGGACGUUUGUGGCAUUACAGAAAUCGUGAAGAUGAAGCAAAAGAUGAUCCUCCAACAUCAUCGGGAUUUCAACUGUAG